AAACGGUAAGCAACUUCUCACUUACCUUCCUCUAUUAUGAGUAUUUGUUUAUUGGAUUAUUGUAUUCAUUGAUUUGUGUAUCUAAUCAAACCUUUUUUUUUGUAUGUAUAAUACAAUACCCACAAUAAAUAUAGAAUGAUUAGUCUCUAAUAACAAAUCCUUGCAUGCAUCCUUUCUUGAUUUGUUUGACUCUUGAAUUAUAUGGGGUUCUCUCAAACUUUUUUUUUUUUUUUUUUGAUUCAACUAACUUUAGGUAAUCAAGAAGAAGUUGGGUUGCUUUGAAUUUGGAAAAAAGUUUCAUGUUUGGUCUGCUUUGAGCUUGUAAGUCCUUUUUUUUUUCAAUAAAGUUUGAAUCUUUAUAUGUUGUGUUCUGUCUUGUUAAGCAGUGACCACUAGAUUUGUUGUUUCCUAUAUAUUAUAAGUUGAUAAAAAGUGAUUCUUUGUUAAGGGGGUUUGUUGCUAAUGUGUUGUUGAAUGGAUAGAAUUGGAAUAGAAGAGUACAAGAUGCUGAAUAGGGUUUUAUGGAUAGUGAUUCCACAAGUUUGGACUUUGGAUCCAUAUUCUCUUAUGUCAUAGAUUUAUUCUGUUUUUUUUUAUGUGAAAACUUUUCUUGGCUUACAACUUAAGUAAAUUUUAGGGAUUUGAAUAAUUUUGGUUGGUUAGAAGAUGGAAGAGAUGUUUCCAGCACUUACUGUAUCAUAUAAACAGGGAAAAUUGAUAUAUGAUGAAUCAGUAUUACCCACAUGUAUUGACUUCGCUGGAUAUGAGCUGAUCCCGAAUACGACUAGCUUGCUAUCAGAACCUAACAAGUGCAAACUUCCUUGUUCGGUGUCCAAUCAUAUAGUGUCCAGGGACAAAGCUAACCUCUUUAUGACAGUUGCUGAUUGCCAUGAAAUCAGGAAAGGGAAGAGUUUUUCUUCGACAGUUGUAGCUAAUGGGAAUUGUUUGAUUGCUAGUGAGGUAAAAGAUGGUAGAUCUAUGGACAACAAUUUGAUUUCACCAACUGAUGAGCUUUUAGGAAAUAUGACUUGUUCUGAUUCUCUAGUGGAUGAGCGUGGCGGCAUGCCUAACCAAGAAUAUACAGAUUUGGAGGUUAAGGUUGGGAGAACUCCUCCUCGGAAUGAAGACAAGAAGGUUGGUGUAUCCCAGAUUCUGAGGAAGUCUUUUUCGUGUAAUUUGGCUAGCGAGUUGGUUAAUGAGUCAGAACUUGUAAGUGAUCUUGUUUCCACUAUGGUUGUGGGUGCUGAAGAUUAUAAAAGAAAAUUAUCACCAUCCCAUCUUGAGACCUCACAAGAGAUAAAGAUAAGUAGGCCAAAUGCCUUUUGUUUUGAUUCUGUACCGCUUUGGGGGCUCAUCACGAUACAAGGAAAGAGGCCGGAGAUGGAAGAUACUGCUAUAGCUUUACCAAGGUUUCUGAGAAUCCCUUCUCAUAUUUUGACGGAUGCUUCAGUUUCUCAUGCCCUGAGUCAAACACUUACAGCCCAUUUAUAUGGGGUUUAUGAUGGACACGGAGGCUCUCAGGUUGCUAAUUAUUGUCAUGAGCGUCUCCAUAUGGUUUUAGCACAGGAGAUAGAUAUUAUGAAAGAAGAUUCACAUAAUGGAAGUGUUAACUGGAAGGAGCAAUGGUCAAAGGCUUUCUUGAAUUGUUUCUGUAGAGUCGAUGAUGAGGUAGGAGGGUUCUGUAGUGAAACAGACGGGAUUGAGCCUGACCUUUCAGUCAUUGCUCCUGAAGCAGUUGGAUCUACAGCUGUAGUUGCUGUUGUUAGUCCAACCCAUAUUAUUGUUGCGAAUUGUGGUGAUUCAAGGGCAGUCCUUUGUCGGGGAAAACUGCCCAUGCCAUUAUCCAUUGACCAUAAGCCAAAUAGGGAAGAUGAGUGUUCACGAAUAGAAGAAUUGGGAGGGAAGGUCAUUAAUUGGGAUGGACAUCGUGUUUCUGGUGUUCUUGCAGUUUCAAGGUCAAUUGGUGAUAGAUAUUUAAGGCCUUAUGUGAUUCCAGAUCCAGAAAUGAUGUUUGUACCCCGAGCAAAAGAAGACGACUGUCUAAUUUUAGCAAGUGAUGGCCUAUGGGAUGUCUUGACAAAUGAAGAAGCUUGUGAUGUGGCCCGGAGACGAAUUCUUCUCUGGCACAAAAAGAAUGGUGGUACUUUGAGUAGCGAAAGGGGUGAAAGCGUUGAUCCUGCUGCUCAGGAUGCUGCAGAGUACUUGACACGAGUUGCUCUCCAAAGGGGCAGCAGAGAUAAUAUAUCUGUGAUUGUGGUCGACUUGAAAGCACAGAGGAAAUUCAAGAAGAAAACGUAGAGCACUAAACCAUCCUCGUAUUUCAUUUUGUGGAUGUAACAUUGGAAACUUAUCGUACAGGAUGAUAAUCAAAUCAAAUCGUACUCAUGUUGCAGAUUUUAGCUUCCUUUUUAAUUAGGCUGUUACCGUACAUGAUGGAAGUUAUUCUGACAAUAAAAAUU